CAUCAUCAUUCCUUCUGUGCUUUCGAUACGACCACAUCUCACACCUCCUGGAGAUGUUCUCCCUCAAGACGUUCGCUGUUGUGGCUCUGUGCCUUGGCCUAGCAGCCGGUGACGAAACGCCAAGGGAGAAGAGAGGCUACGGGCAUGGUGGAUACGGUGGUGGUGGCGGUGGAGGUGGAGGUGGUGGCUAUGGGGGAGGAGGUGGCAGCUACCUGGUAGUAGGCGGAGGCGGCUAUGGCGGAGGACACGGCCCGACGGCCUCCGACGUAGCCAACCAAGCGGCUGCACAAGCCACGUCCGCCCUCGCUGCCCUCGGAACCGUCGCUCACGGAGCUGCCGCCAGCGCUGCCGCAGGCGCUGCGGCUGCCGCCUCUGCCGCAUCCCAGACUGCCAUAGCUGCCGCCGCUAACCGCCAGGCCCAGGCUGCCCAGAUCACGCAGGCUGCCCAGGGAGCCCAGGCAGCUGCGUUCCAAGAAGCCUCUCUGGCCGGAAAGGCCAACAUCGCCGAGCAGGCAGCCAGAGUGGCAGCCUCUAUGGCCCGGGGUCUCCUGAGCAACUUGGGGCAAGUCUCCGGCGAGACCAACGCGUUGGCAGGACAGGCAGCCAGCAGCCUGGCUGCCCAAGAAGCAGUCCUGGAGUCCCAGAAUGCCAUGGCAUGGUCGGCUCAGCAGGCAGCCAAUUCCCUUCAUCAGCAGCAGGCUGUGGUCAUCAGCGACCUGCAGUCGGCCGUCGGAGCCGCUGGACAAGCGCAGGGCGCAGCCGCUAAGGCCUUGGCCAAAGCUAAGGGGGCCAACAGCGGAGGGUUUGGGGGCUACGGAGGUGGGUUUGGAGGUGGUUACGGUGGGUACCACUAAAGACAGACUGUUAUCUACACCCAAGCUGGACGCAGAAGAGCCGGAUGAGAACCACUUCUUCCCUUGUGCCUUCAGGAGUAAAGUUACCAACGGCGAAGGCAGACUAUAAUAUUCCUAGACGUCGAAGUUCUUAUUGUAGCCACUUUACUGCGAGUCUUGUACAUACGAUUCUCUCUUAGGGAUGCUAUUGUGAACGUCUUUUUCUCUCUUCUAUAUGAAUAAAGUAAUUGUAAGUGUAAA